UUCAGUUUUUCUUCUCUCCCAAACUUUUCCAACAUUUCUUGAUCAUUCUUGAACGCAGAAAAUCGCAGAUACUCACACAUAGAGAGAGAUAUAUAUUUAUAUAUAUGAUCAUCUCAAUCAUCUAGCUAGUUAUACAGUCGCAAGAGCCAUGUCGUCGUCGUCGGAGCUGAGUCUAGUAGCAUACGGCAACAAAAACGGCAGGUCGUCAUCGCCGACGACCUUCUUGAACUCGAUGUUCAUGUCGACGGUGAAUGCGGCGGCGAAGACUCUGGUGUCGGUGGCGGCGACAACCAAAGGAAGCGGCGGGAUCGUGGCGGGCGGCGGCGGUGGCGGGGGGAAGUGGAGGCCUGGAGACCACUUCCGGUUCAUGCUGAUGCUGAUGACGUGGCUCACGCUUUGGGUUCUUAGGGUUUUAAUGGACCACAUACCGUCUUGCUCUUCUUUGAUGGCCUUGGGAUACUGCACUACUUCUGCUCCUUUGAAUCUUCUUCAGGCGUUUUCGCCUCUCGGGUUGCUCGAAUUCCCAGGAUCAGGGCCGUCAGCGGCGGCGGCGUCGGAGUCCGCUUCGUUGUCGGUUUCGUCGCUGCAGAUGAUUCUGAAUGAAGGAGUUGAGGCUGUGCCUGUUCAGGCUCUUGGAAGAGCCCUUUCUCAUAUCCUGGCCUUACUCAACGAGAUUCCCGCCACCUCGCGGAAAUACCAGUUUGCGAUGGCGAUGGCUGAGCGAAUCAUGGACGGUAACGCCAGAUCAGGCCACGUGGACAUGAUGGAAGUCAACCGAAUGGCUCUCUCAUCAUCAUUUGAGCGCACCUCAAAUCUCCUGCAACGCUCCCUAGAGAAGCAUCGCCGCAUAAAAACCGGAGACCACCAUGGCGGCUGCGCGUGGGCCGCACGCGCCAUCCGGUCGUUGCCGCUGGGGUCGUACGUGGUGCCAUAUGUGAAGGGGCUGGGCGCGUGUGUUGGGGCGGUGCGGUCGUUGAUUGCCACGUGCCGGUCGCAAAGGACGAGGCGAUUGGCGAUAGGUGGGGACGGUGGCGGCUGGUGUGGAGGAAGGGUGGUUUGGGAGGAGGAGGAAGGGGGUGAGGUGGUGGCGGAGAAGCUGGCGGAGGAGCUGCUGUGGAUAAGCCACAAGCUGAGGGUUUAUGGAGCAGUGGAUGAGGCUCUUGUGCAAUGGAGCUAUGCUUCUGGCUUGGCUUCGGUUUCUCUCACCACGGAUCCCAGGCUUCAAGGCCUCAUUGUCAAGAUUUCUGCCAUGUUAUUUGGUGAUAUGAACCACGAAGAGUUGGAGAUUUCAAGGGAAGUGAAGUUCAGGCUGCUCCUGCUAUGGCUUCCAUUGUUUUGCCACGCCGGCAACGGAUUCGCAUAUCCCGUCUUGACAUUCUUCGAGAAGGCGGAGGUGGAGAGAGCGGUCGACGAAGCGAUCUGGAGUUUGCCGGCGAUGGAUCAAGAAGUGAUCCUGACCAAUUGGAUACAAGACUAUGCCAUCUCCGCCUCCGAUUGGCCAAAUCUCCAGAUUUCUUAUGAUCGCUGGUGCCAAUCCACACGCAAUCUUGUCAACUGAUCAUGUCGAGAAGCUAUUGAAAUACCAUACAAAAUGUAAUAUGCACCAAUCGUUUCUCAUGGUCAUGUUACG